AUGCGCUCGAGACCUACUAUCCCCAACAGCGACCUGAUCACGGGCUUCGACAUCAUCUUCUUCUGGGUCGCCCGGAUGGUGAUGCUUGGGCUUCACUUCAUGGGCGAUGUCCCCUUCCGCACCGUCUACAUCCAUGCGCUGGUGCGCGACGAGACGGGGCAGAAGAUGUCCAAGAGCAAGGGCAACGUGAUCGACCCGCUGGCGCUGAUCGACAAGUACGGCGCCGACGCGCUGCGCUUCACGCUGGCCGCGAUGGAGGCGCAGGGGCGCGACAUCAAGCUCGCCGAGAGCCGCGUCGCCGGCUACCGCAACUUCGCCACCAAGCUCUGGAACGCCGCGCGCUUCUGCGAGGCGAACGGGUGCGAACCCGACGCCGGCUUCGAUCCCGCCCGCUGUGAGGGCCAGAUCAACCGCUGGAUCGUGGGCGAGGCCGCCCGCGCCGCCCGCGAGGUGACCGCAGCGCUCGAUGCCUACCGCUUCGACGCAGCGGCGGGCGCGGUCUACCACUUCACCUGGGAUGUCUUCUGCGACUGGUACCUGGAGUUCUCCAAGCCGACGCUUUCCGGCCCCGACGGGCCGGGGAAGGACGAAACCCGCGCCACCGCCGCCUGGGUGUUGGACACGAUCCUCGGCCUCCUCCAUCCCUUCAUGCCCUUCGUCUCGGAGGAGCUUUGGGGCCGGAUCGACGAGGGAAGGGCGGGCACCCUGAUCACGGCGCCUUGGCCAGUGCUCGACGAAAGCAUCGGCGACUCCGACGCCGCGCAGGAAUGGACUGGGUGGUGCGGCUCGUCACCGCGGUGCGCGCCGUGCGUGCCGAGAUGA